GCCCCUUAGCCCACGUGGAGAACGCCAGGGAGCUGUGAGGGUGUGCAGUAGCAUUCCUGCCAUCUGGACACUUUUUCCUCUACUGAGAUUCAUCUGUGUGAAAUGUGAGUUGGUGAGGAAGAUCAACCUACCGGCCUAGACCAAGACUCAAUGUAGAACCUCCUGAGGUUAUUGGGCGUAUGUUGUCCGAGCAGUUCAGUGAUGAAGAAGGGGAACCACCAAAACCUGAAGAAGGAGAACCAGGAAAUCAAAGUCAGGAUCCUGCACCUGCUCAGGAGGGAGAGGACAAGGGAGCAUCUGCAGCUCAAGGGCCAGAGCCUGAAGCUGAUAGCCAGGAACAGGUUCACUCGAAGACUGGGUGUGAGCGUGGAGAUGGUCCUGAUGUCCAGGAGAUGGGCCUGCCAAAUCCAGAGGAGGUGAAAAUGACUGAAGAAGGUGAAAAGCAAUGACAGUGUUAAAAGAAGACACGCUGAAAUGAUGCAGGCUGCUCCUAUAUUGGAAAUUUGUUCAUUACAAUUCUCCAAAUAAAGCUUUACAGCCCUCUGCAAAGAA